UGGACUUCUUUUACACCUGAUAUUUCAAUCUGACAUCUGAACGCACACAGUACAUUGUGCUCUUCGUUUGAAUAUGUAGAGUAUAGACACCCGACCAGUAUGCGUUUGCCCAAGCUUCACGAAGCUACAAGGGAAGAAAAUGUAGGAUGGUUACAGCAACUACUGACUGCCGGGAAGUGCGAAAUCAAUGAACAAGCCUGGGAUGGUAAUACACCACUUCACGAAGCUGCCUGGUGCGGGCACACACAAUGCGUUAAGCUUCUUCUCCAACACGGGGCGGAUACCACUAUGCGUGACAGGGAUGGGAGGACACCACUUCACGAGGCUGCAUGUAACGGCCGCACACAAUGUGCCCGGCUUCUCCUCCAGCAAGGGGCGGAUACUAGAAUACAAGAUAAGAGCGGGAGAACACCACUUCAUUUAGCAGCAUACUGCGGCCACACCCAUUGUGUCCAGCUUUUUCUCCAGCACGGGAUGGAUACUAGCAUACAGGAUGUGGACAAAAAGACAGCAAGAAUGGUGGCAGAAGAGGAAGGGCACAGUACCGAAGCAGAACUGUUGAGGCGUUUUGAGAUACCAAAUAUAAAGGUAUAUAUUCUCACCAGGACUUUAGAGCAUCUUGAUGAAGUAAUAGACUCUGCUGAAUAUUCCACCCUUCAGCUAGACAACUCGGGCUUGAACUUUCCGGGAGACUCAAAAUUCGAAAACGUCCAAAAACUUAAAAAAUGGGCCAUCUCGAGAAAUUGCACCACUAUUAGAUGCUUACAGGCGAAGCUUCGGACUGCAAACCUACCGCGACUAUCCAGUGCGGCAUUGGACUAUUCUGCUAUGGUAGUGAUGCAGAUUUCAGACAUGACCUCCAAUGAAUUUGAAGCACUUUGCAGAACCCUGACCACUGCGAGUGGACUGAGCGAUACUAGUUCCUCACUAGAUCACCGCCGCUGCGACGCAUUAAUUGUCUACAGUGGCAAUGACAAGGACGUCGUAGAACCAGUGGUACAGCAGCUGGAGGAACAGGGAGUCAGGUGCUGUUAUAGUGGACAUGACUUCCGCCUGGGGAAUACGGGCAAAGAAUCUUUUGAAGAAGCGCUCUGUGAAUCAAAGUGCACCAUUGUGUUUCUGUCCAAGAGCUCCUGGAAUAAUCAGUUUUGCAAGAAAAAAUGGAUAAUGGCAUUAUCGAGAGCUAUACAUAAAAGAGAAUAUGCUGUUAUCCCAGUAAUAUUUGAUCUUCCUCGUCACCAAAUACCCUCUUAUUUGAAAUACAUAAAACCUAUUUCAGCCGAGAGCAAAAACUUGAUUCCAAAGCUAGUUGAAGCUGUUAAAGAUAAAAUUUCAAAUUGA